AUGUCGAGCCGACAGCUUCGGAAGCUGCAGAAGCAGCGAGAACUUGAAGAAGUUCAGAACAUCGUUGAGAAGGACUCGGAGGAGAGUGAGGACGAUCAGUUGCCAAUUGCGCCCAAGCCCCGAGCGAGUCUCUUUGCGGCUCUGGGGGGCGAUGAUGAAGACGAGGCGCAGGACGAAGAAGAGGAAGAGCAACAGCCAGAAGAGGAUGUGAGUGAGAUAAAGCAACCCGUCGCGACAGGGAAGAGCAAGAAGAACAAAAAGAAGAAGAAGAAGGCGUCAAAGGCACAGGCUCCUCCACCCGAGGAGGACGAGGAUGAAAUCGACAAAGCGAUCAAAGAACUCAACAUCACAGCAUCCAAAUCCGCAGACCCCUCUACCGCAGGCGACUCGACAGUCCAAACACGCCGAAUCAACGAACUUCUCUCGAUUAAUCCAUACCAUCUCAAGGUCGCAAACGAGAUGAAGAACCUGUUUGGCAGUGACAUUAUCCAGUCCGCCGAAGCAGAGGAAGAGCAAGAACGCAACCGUCGGUUCCGAGGAAACGCACCCCGAGAAGUCGAUAUCGAGACAUUCUUACGAGGACCCCCCGGACAGCCCAAACUACCAGAAAUAUCGCUCCGCAGGAAUGUCUUUAUCCAAGGUCGUGAGCACUGGCCAAAGCAGAGUGCUGGUGGACUUACGAUGAAGGAGAUCAAGAAGGCGGACGACGGUUCUUGGACAGAGUACGCCUACUUUCACGAUAAGAAUUACGAUGCUACGCAAGCAUUCUUCUUUAGUUGUGUGCAGAUUGGAGACCCUAUGCGCAUGGUUCAUGUCCUCAAAGAGUUUCCAUACCAUGUUUCCACACUCCUGCAGGUCAGUAGCGUGGCCAAGCAGGAUCAGAACAUGGCUCUUGCAGCUGAACUUUGCGAACGAGCUCUUUUUACGUUUGGCCGCGUGACUACCAAUGCCUUCCGUCAAAACAUUGAGCACGGCAAGGCACGCCUCGAUUUCUGCCGACCCGAGAACAGGCAGUUAUGGCUUGCAGGAUAUCACUACCUCAAGAGUCUCAUCAGAAAGGGCACCUACCGCACAGCGUUGGAGUGGGCCAAGCUUCUCUACUCUUUGGACCACAAGGAUCCCUAUGGGAUGCGACACUUUAUUCACUUCCUGGCUCUUCGUGCCCGGGAGAGUCGCUGGUUGGUCGAUUUUGUGACCGAGUUGGAGAAGACAAGCGACAACCGUGAUACAAUUUACUUGCGACAGUCAUUGGUCCUAGCUCACCUGCAGCUGGGCGAUACUGCGCGCGCAACAGAGGAGCUGGAGAAGGGCAUGCGACGAGUCCCAUGGCUGUACUGCGGACUGUUCCAGGAGUUGAAUCUCGACACACCACCAUCAAUCUGGGGCAUCAGUGCCGAUUCAGACUCGCGGUCUUUCUGGGUCAAGCUCUACAUCCAUCAAGCUAAGGAUCUCUGGAACAACGCACAUGCUACUGCUCUCCUCACCAAGGUGGCCAAGAACCUUGAAAAGGUUGACACAAGCGUUUUGCCUGCUGAUGAUUCUCCACCCGAUCACGGAGUCACUAGACUCACAUUCCUCGAAGGGCAGACGUCGCUUAUCGCACUGGCACCACGGGAAUACCUAGACGUUCAGCCAAACUACGAAUUCGACCCGUUGCCCCCGCCGGAGGAGGAGAAUAUCUUUUCAGGACAUGGCACGAGAUUACCCUGGGAAGAUAGACAACGGGGUGGUGCUCACAGACCCACGAAUGAGAUCGAAGAGCGUCUGCGCAAUAUUUUUGCGCGUCGCGCUGCUGCUGCGGCUCCUGCGAAUGGCGCGGGAGGAGGAGAGGAGGAGGUUGACAGCGAUGAUGAAGCUGCACUCCUUGCGCAAUUAGACGACGAAGAACUGGAACGGGACCUAGCGGCCGCGCGGAAUGGUAGCGACGGCGGCGUCCUUGGGGUACUGAUGCAGUUACUUGGCGUUCAAACCGGGCCGACUACGGAUAGCCAGAGGCCAGAUGAGGCUGAUGCUGAUCGGGACGGUCAGGACCAAGACAGAGAGACUGGGGCUGGGUCUGAGUCUGGGUCUGGCACUGAUGGUGGUAUUCCAGGGGCUUGGCCUGAGGAUCAUUGA